CCCACUUCUCCCCCCUCCCGCCCGGCACCGACGAGCCCCCGGAGCCCGGCUCGAUCACCCGGGGAGCCGCGGGGGCACAGGGGCUCCCCUGGCCCGGGACGCGGAGAGUCCGACGGCUGCAGGACCGAUUUUCCAGGGAGUCCAUUUAGUGGAUUUCAAGUUUGACAAGACAGACAGAGAGAAUGGGAGAACCAGCAUGCCCUAAGGCACAUGGCUAAGGCUUGGACACCAUCUGACUUGAACAGAGCUCUACAGUCCUUUUCAGGGUGGUUUCCAGACGGACAUAGUCUUGGUUGCUGACACUCCGGAGCAGGGAGAUGGCAACCAGACCAAACUUCGGAAAGCAGAGGUUUCCGUUGUUAAAAAGAAGAAGUUUUUUGCUUUUGAAACUUCUAGCUCUUGUCUUCACAGUGCUUCUAUUUUGUGAAUUUUUAAUCUAUUACAUAGUGAUCUCUCAGUGUGAUUGGCCAGAGUUGAAAACUCCAGUCAGUGAUGGGCAGCGCGAGAGACCAGAGCCAGUGCUGAAAGCUAUGUUCUUGGCCGACACCCACUUGCUUGGACAAAUCAGAGGCCACUGGUUUGACAAAUUACGAAGGGAAUGGCAGAUGGAACGAGCCUUCCAGACCGCUUUGUGGAUGCUGCAGCCGGAAGUUGUCUUCAUUCUGGGAGACAUUUUUGAUGAGGGGAAGUGGAGCUCUUUUCAGGCCUGGCAGGAGGAUGUGGCGAGGUUUCAGAAGAUGUUCAGACACCCGGGCCAGGUGCAGCUGAAGGUGGUGGCUGGCAAUCAUGACAUCGGCUUCCACUAUGAGAUGAGCAGAUACAAACUAGAACGCUUUGAGAAUGUCUUCAACCCUGAAAGGCUGUUUUCCUGGAAAGGAGUUAACUUUGUGAUGGUCAACAGUGUUGCCAUGGAAGGAGACGGCUGUGGAAUCUGCUCUGAGGCAGAAGCUGAGCUCAUUGAAAUCUCCCACAGCCUGAACUGCUCCCGAGAGGAACACGGUUCCCGCCAGUGUGGACACAGGCAGCAGCUGCCAGCAUCAGCCCCAAUCCUUCUGCAGCAUUUCCCACUGUAUCGGAGAAGCGAUGUGAACUGUUCUGGUGAGGAUGCCGCCCCUCCCGGGGAGAGGGACCUGCCUUUUAAGGAGAGAUACGACGCGCUUUCCAGGGAGGCUUCCCAGAAGCUGCUGUGGUGGCUGCGGCCACGGCUGGUGCUGAGUGGCCACACGCACAACGGCUGCCAGGUGUUCCAUGGGGCAGGCCUCCCGGAGCUCAGCGUGCCGUCAUUCAGUUGGCGCAACAGAAACAACCCAAGUUUUGUCAUGGUAACUGGAACGUUUAUUUCCAUCAGAAAGCUUUUAUACGUAUCGAAGUCAACACAGUAUUCAACUACAUCAUUGCUGCUAUCUGUUACAAAUAGAUAAAGGUCAUAAAUAAACUCUCCCACGGCCCACGCACACUCAGUUCAAUAGGAGCCCCCUACCCAAACACUCUCUGGAGACCAAGCCCUGGGGUGGAGAUGGCUCCUGGAGGGCCAGGGCUGGGCCUCAGCAGGGGGAUUUGUCCUUCGGGAUGGCAGUGCCUCUGACGCUAGGCUCUGUGUUUAACUUCCUAAGGAAACAGCACUGAUUAUUAAAAACCUGCACUCUUUUUUUUCUUUGCCUUUUUGUCUGCACAUACCCAUUUUCCCUGGAAGAAAAAAAAAGCUACCAUUUUCCAGGAAAUGAAUAAAUCUGUUUCUAUUAAUAACCACCUUGAUGGUUCAGCUUCACACUUUUAUUCCUGGGCUCCACAUUCCAGUUCAUUAUGCUUAUUCUAUGUAUUUUGGGGGGCCAUUCCCAGCAGUGUUCAGGGCUUCUUACUUCUGGCCCUGUGCUCAGGGAUCACUCUCGGUGGUACUUGGGGGACCCUGGGAAAUGCCGGGGAUUAACCUGCGUCAGCUGCACGCAAGGCAAGUGCCCUACCCACUGUGCUGUUGAACUGGCCCUACAGCUCAUUAUGCUCUUAUGUCAGGUGCUUUUACUUUCACAAAAAGAGGGAGGAACCCUCCUGUCUUCAAAUUCAAAAUAAUGAAAGCAUUCCCCACUGCCAUUCCACAUAACGGAGAUGAAUAUCCCCAGCCCCCACCCCCACCCCCGACAUUGAGAUGUCCUCUGGGCACGUGUAUGUCUAGGUAAAAGUUUAUUUAAAAUAAAUAAACUAAAAUAGCAUCAAGUGGCAUGAAAAAUAAAUCGCCUGGAUUCCUUGUUUCUGGAUGACGCUGCCUCUAGAUGUCAGCUACGUAACUGACAGAUGCAGAUCUUUGGGCAUUGGUCAACAUGCCACUGUAUUCUUCUGCUCAUCUUGUUUUAAUGCUACACCUGGUGGUGCUCAGGGAUCAAGGAUCACUCCUGGUAGGGCUCAGGGGAUCAUAUGGGGUACCAGGCAAGCGCCUACCUGCCAUCUUAUUUCUCCAGCUCCCACAGUAUUUUAGAAGAACUCAUGAUUCUGGAUUUAGUUUGCAGUGGAGAGGCCAGCACCUUGUCUGUCCGCACUCAGCACUCUUGGACCUUCCCUUCCCUGGCCAGUGUUUGUGGUGGGCAGGGGGUGGUCUGUCUAGGCGGAAGGCUAGGCCCCAACCGGCUGCCUUUCCCCUGCGGGAUCUAAGUCAUGCUGAUGUGUGGGGGCUCACACUGCCACUCGUGGACUCACUUCCCUUCCAGGGCAGCCUGACAUCCAGAGACUAUGCGCUCGCCAAGUGCUACCUCCCCACAGAGACCAUGGUGCUCGCCACGUACGCUGGGGCAGCUGGGCUGCUUGUGAUCCUCGUAUUGCUCCACUUGAAGUAUCUACCCUCACCUUUUCAUUUUGGUUUUGGUUGGAACCUACUGUGGAAAUACAAGACAAAGUGAGGAGCCAGAGACUUCUGCAUUGAGUCCUAAAUCACAAAGCCAAGGACUUGGAACUUCGGGCAGUGCCCAGGUGAGAUGACACCGAAAUAGGCUACCUUGAUGCACAUCACGGGAGUCCUGAGUCACCGUGUGAAUCACUGGGGGGUACCUAGUUGGUUCUACUGUUCUCAUGCUAUAAAAAUGGGACACGUACUCUACAACAAGUUUGUUUUCUCAUUUUAUCAAAUAUAUGUAUAAUCAAAGGUUGUAUCUGUACAGUAUUUAAAAGCUAUUAAUGUCAUCAUUUGCAUGCACUAGAGAGUCUCUCCUUCUCCAAGAUGGAGCCUGCAGCCCUGGAACACAAUCUGGAUUAUGUGGGAUAGACAGUGGGUUUGCUUUGUCUAUAACGUGGUUCUCAAAUUCCUUUCAAUUUUAAUUCCAUACACUUAAAAGUAUGGAUACUACCAGAAGGAAUAUAUUGGUUUUGCAGAUGUUUGUACUUUUUGUGCUACAUGAGGAAUCCAGAUUUUAAGAUACUGUUUUCUCUCCAGAGGACCAAGUUUUAAAAUCUGGAUUUUGCGCUUGCUUGUGAUCAAGAGAAACUUGAAAUAUGGACCAGGAUAUUGUUUUUGCUAGUUAAACAAACAUGUUGAUAAUUUAAAGCCUGACCUGAUAAAAUAUGAGGUGUGUGUGUGUGUGAGAGAGAGAGAGAGAGAGAGACAGACAGACAGACAGACAGACAGACAGACAGAGAGAGAGAGAGAGAGAGAGAGAGAGAGAGAGAGAGAGAGAGAGAUCUGCCCUGUAGCUUUGUUUGCAUGUUUGUUUUGGGAUCAAACUCAGUGAUGCUCAGGGAUCACUCUUAGUGGUGCUGGGGAACUAUAUGGGAUGCUUGGGAUUGAACCCUAGUUGGCUGUGUUCAAGGCAAGCACCCUACCUGCUGUACUACUGCUCUGGCACCCGGCAGUGUAGCUUUUAAAUAGGAAGAUAGAGGAGAAUUGUUGAGAAGAAAAGCAUAGACCAUACACUUAGCUUCAAUUUUGUGUAUGUGUGUGGGUGCAUAUCUUUAAAUUUCAUGUUUUACUUUGAAGGUACAAUGUGAAAUGGAAACAGUCUCCACUGUAUAUGUCUUAAGUUCAAAUGAGUUUUAUGAAAUGGGAACUUUGUGACAAUGAAAUAAAGUAUGUUUCUGCUAUUCAUUGUCUAUAAAGUGUGAUCCUUCCUUUUAUGGAAAAGUAUCCCCAAAAUGUGGAAGAGUUUGUAAGGAUUAAAAAAUGCCAAUUUGUAGAUUACAAAGACCAAAAGUUCAGAAGGAAAUGAAUGCAUCAGGGUUACUGGAUUAGACUGUCACUUUUCGGGAGCAGCAUUGUUUAAUGUACUCUGGAAAGCUUCACAGAUUAUCUUCAACCUAAGAAAACUACCCCCAAGCUGUGUCUGUGAUGCGACUAUGAAGUGUCAGCAUACCUUGAUCUUGCUUUCUAGCUGCUGAGUCAGCAUGUUUGAAGCUGCACUUGCAAAUCUUUCAAGUGUGAAAAUAGCCACAGAGUUUAACUUUAUCAAAUAAAAUUUUCCUAAUGGUUGUUAUUCACAAGCCAAAUGAAGAUGCCAUGUUUUGAUUCUCCUGGGCCAGACACAAACAUUGAGAAAUUCUGAUCUUUUUCUUUCUCUUGGUUUAUGAUAGAGCCUGUGAUCAUGCCCAUGGGCCAGGCACUUUGAUUAUGGGAAUGGCUGGCCUCUCCCCACUCAGGGAACAUGGAAAAGUCUCUAAAGGGAAAAAUGACUGAGAAACACACUGUCUGGAUGGGGAAAAAAAAAAAAAGAAAA